AUGGCGGACAGUCGAUUGCCAGUUCUUGUUGUGUUAGCGUUAUUUUCAUUAUCAGUUUGUACGAAGUACGAGCCAACAUGGGAAUCGCUCGACACUAGGCCCAUUCCAGGCUGGUACGAUGACGUGAAGUUAGGAAUCUUUAUCCACUGGGGCGUCUUCUCGGUGCCAAGCUUUUCGUCAGAAUGGUUUUGGUGGAAUUGGAAAGGCAUGAGUCUUCCUGGCGUGGUCGAUUUUAUGCAGAAGAAUUACAGGCCCGGUUUUACUUACGCUGACUUUGCCUCCAUGUUUACCACCGAGUUCUUUCAACCAAACGAAUGGGCAGAAAUAUUUAAAGCAUCUGGUGCCAGGUAUGUUGUCCUGACCAGUAAACACCACGAGGGAUUCACUAACUGGCCAUCUAAGUACUCCUUCAACUGGAACUCAAAUGCCACUGGACCAAACCGGGACCUUGUUGGUGAGCUGGCCAAUGCCAUCCGUGACAAAACUGACAUCAAGUUUGGCCUCUACCACUCCAUGUUUGAGUGGUUCAACCCUCUUUACCUCCAAGACAAGGCUAACAAUUUCAAAACCAACCGAUUUGUCCAGAACAAGAACCUGCCCGAGUUGUUUGAGAUUGUGGAGAAAUAUAAACCGGAGGUGGUUUGGUCGGACGGGGACUGGGAGGCACCAGACACUUACUGGAGCUCUACACAAUACCUCUCUUGGCUAUACAAUGAAAGUCCAGUGAAAGAUACUGUGGUUGUGAAUGACAGAUGGGGAAGUAACAUAUCGUGUCAUCAUGGUGGAUUUUAUACCUGUGGUGAUAGGUACAAUCCAGGGAUCCUACAAAAACACAAGUGGGAAAAUGCCAUGACCAUCGACAAGUACUCCUGGGGCUACCGUAGAAAUGCAAGACUUUCUGAUUAUCUGACCAUUGAGGAACUUCUCAAGACUUUUGUAGGAACUGUGAGCUGUGGAGGAAACAUGUUGAUGAAUGUCGGCCCAACCCGAGACGGAAAGAUUGCCCCAAUUUUUGAAGAACGCUUGCGACAGAUGGGAUCAUGGCUGAAUGUGAACGGGGAAGGAAUAUAUGGUACUAGACCCUGGUCACACCAGAACGACACGGUCACACCAGAUGUAUGGUACACCAUGAAGAAGUUCCCAAAUGUUACGGCAGUGUAUGCCGUGUCACUCCAAUGGCCAGAUUCUGGUGUCCUGAAGCUUGGGGCUCCGAUGACAACAUCUGCCACGAGGGUGACCCUACUUGGAUACUCUGGUACCCUGACCUACACUCGUGGCACAGCUGGAGGUAUAACCAUCACUAUACCACCCAUACCAUUCAAUAAGAUGCCAUGUGAUUGGGCGUGGACCUUUAAAAUUACUGGACUUAGUAACUGAUCAGUGAUAUUAAACUUUCCCCGCGAUGGUAAAACUAGUCUGGUUUUGUUAUCAGAUUAUUAGAGUUAUCUCUCUUGAUUUAAUUAUCUUGCACUCUUUUCUGGGGUUUUUUAAUGACCGGGUUUUUUCUGUUUUCUUCUUUUUCUGUGUUAUCCUUUAUGCAAUAGGACAGAAUUAAAUACUCUUCCUGGAUGGAAAGGUCUUAAGAUAAAACACUUUUAUUACUGUACAUGAAGCAUUUUAUAUUUUCUGUUCCGUGUACUACACAUUCAUUCAAAUAGUUUCUGUUUGCGAGUUGUGUCAGUUGACUGAUUAGGCUGCUGGGACUCUGUUCUGUUUAAUAGAUUUUUCAGCUUGUAACAAUGAUUUUCCUGCUUCUUGAAAUAAUUUGUACUUCGAAUGUUUCUAUCCUGCUAUAAUAGCAGAAUAUGAAGUAGCACUUAAAAACUUUUUCUAGGUAAUCAUGUGAAAUAUUUAGAAAUUUGUCUUCAGGUGAUGAAAUUUUUGGAUUUUUUGGAUGUAGUUAUUUAUAGCAAACUUUUGAUCACCAUGGCAAUAUUUUUUUAUGUGAUAGUCUGCAAGUAUUUUUAGCUUGAGAUUAUGACUUUAAUGGUAUACGGUGUUCGUAGACUUCACCUCAGCCUCAUUUUGAGUUUAUUUUUAAGUUUUGUAGUGUAUGAAAUGGAACUUUUUAUCAUCAGGAGGAAUUUAGACAUAUGCAUUUAUUGAUUUGAAUCUUAUGACAAUACACCAACAUUCCUUUUAACCACUUAGUUAUUUCUAUGUACUUUUGGAGUAUUUUAUCAAAAUGUUUUUAACUUUUAGAGAAAUUUUCAUUAUAAUAAUGACUAGUGCCUUACUGCUGCACAGUAGUAACAAAUUGUUGGUCCUGUGCGAGGCAGCAAAUUGGGAUUUGGACAUUACACCUGUGACUAUUAAGACAAUCAUAGUUCCACUUCUAUUAACGUUGUCAUGAAAAUAUUUAUUUACAUUUAUCCUAGGAUAAUAAUGACUUGAACGUAUUAUGUGAUAAAACAGGCAUUGUGUUUAAUCAUGGCCAUGUCCUCUUCCUCCAAUGACAUCUAAACAAUGGCUUUUUCACAAAUUAUCUAACAGUAGUGUAGGUUAAAAAGCUGUGUUCAAGCGUUGUGUUUUUUGACACUGUAUCUCCACAGGGAAAUCCUUUUGUGUCGUGUGAUUUUAUGUGAUAUAUGUUGUGUACCAUAUAGCUCUCACAGAUAUCAUCAUUAAAUGAGAUAUCAAAUCAUGAAAUAUUUUUAUUUUUUUACUGGCUCCUUCAAGUUUACAACAUUGUUUUUAAUACCUUCCCUCUGUUGUUUGACCCAUACUACAGCAACUGUGAUGUGAAACAGUCAUAGAAUAGUGAAGCUCAAAAAGUGUCAUGUCUGUUCAAAUAAAUGACCAUUAUCUAUAUCUCAUGUUCAUGUCAUUGUCCGAGUGGUCAAGGUGUCCAUCUCUAUCAUUAACCCUCCACCUCUGCAUCAUGAGAGACCAAUGUGGGGCAGUUGUCAGGUUAUGGCCGCAGGUUGGUAGCUUUAUGUCUGAGGACUCUGGGUUUCCUCCACCACCCAAACCUGCCACUUCCUUAAAUGGCCGUGGAUGUAAAUAGUAUGUAAAGCAUUAAUAUUAUACAAAGUUCAUGUAGGCAGAUACAUGCAGAGUGAUGACUGGGACAAGGGGCUGUUCAGAAGAUAUUAUCUUUCAAACAAUUCAAACUUAAUUCCUGUUUGAGCCAUCGUGUAUGGCAUGAACUUUAUACAUUUAUCUAAACUUCAAGGUUUGGUGUAAUAUUUGGCCAGAAAAAAUUCAUUUUAAAGAUUCUGGUCAGUAGGCAACAUCCUUACAUUGUUGCUUUCUUUGAAACCUCAAGUUUUUGAACCUUGAACUUGAAGAAAAAUAAAUACUCUUUUAUAUACUAAUACGGUCUGGUCCAUUAUACAGUAAUACGGUCCAGUCCAUUAUACAGUAAUACGGUCCAGUCCAUUAUAUAGUUAUACGGUCCAGUCCAUUAUACAGUAAUACGGUCCAGUCCAUUAUAUAGUUAUAUAGUCCAGUUCAUUAUACAGUAAUACGGUCCAGUCCAUUAUAUACCAAUACGGUCCAGUCCAUUAUACACCAAUAAGGUCCAGUCCAUUAUAUAGUUAUACGGUCCAGUCCAUUAUACAGUAAUAUGGUCCAGUCCAUUAUACACCAAUACGGUCCAGUCCAUUAUAUAGUAAUACGGUCCAGUCCAUUAUAUAGUAAUACGGUCCAGUCCAUUAUACACCAAUACGGUCCAGUCCAUUAUAUAGUAAUACGGUCCAGUCCAUUAUAUAGUAAUACGGUCCAGUAAUACGGUCCAGUCCAUUAUACACCAAUACGGUCCAGUCCAUUAUGCAGUAAUACGGUCCAGUCCGUUAUACAGUAAUACGGUUCAGUCCGUUAUACAGUAAUAUGGUCCAGUCCAUUAUAGUUAUACGGUCCAG